GUGAUGCCACGAGCCGAACACCCACGGAAAAGAACGAAGACUGACGUCAGGACCCAAGCUGUCAGCUGAUACAGGCGCAUCACGGUUGUCCUUCGGAGUGGAAAGCUAGUCGCGUUUGUGCAAAAUUAUUAAAUAUAGGCGAAAAUGCCGUCUCUUUUAUUUUGCGGGCCAAAGAUGGCUGCUUGUGGAAUCGUCCUGAGCAUAUGGGGAGUCAUCAUGUUGGCGUUUCUGGGCAUCUUCUUCAGUGCAAAGUCUGCUGUGCUUAUUGAAGACGUCCCAUUCACAGAGGAGGACAUUCGCGAAGACAAGAACCCUCCCAGUACAAUAUACGGGCUGUACAACCAGGUGGGCAUCAACUGUUUCAUCGCCGCGGCGAUCUACGUGGCCAUAGGGGCUGUUUCUCUUCUGCAGUUCAGGCUCAACAAACGCCAAGAGUACAUGGUCCAGUAGCGCUUUCAGUUCACCCUGACAAGGCUCUACAAAGCGAUAACUACACCGUAGUAACAGCAAGAACUUCCACAUUUCCAACACUCAUUCCCUGUGUUUGUUUGUUUAUUUGUUUGUUUGUUUUGGUUUUCUUUACGUGUCGAUUUAUUUAUUUAUGCGUCGAUUUAUAAUUUAUUUUUAUUAUUUAUUUAGUGUCACAUGUGUAAAUGAAACCAUUCCUAUUCUGCCUGUUAGUGUUCAUAAUCAUGAUAUGAACUUCAUGAUACGUGACCUAUGAACUAUUUUGUCAAUCAAACCUGGCAGAGUUUUAUAGAAACAGACACACACACACACACCUCGUAUGUGGUAUGCAAAGCUGUGUAAUGUGUAAACAAUGGUAAUGAAGGCAAGAUUGUAUGUGGAUAGUAAAUAAGAUUAUAUUACAUAGGCUACAUACAGACAGUGUCAACCCUGCAGGGCAUGCUCUAUUAACAGAUGUGCAAUCAUUCCUUGCUAACAAUAAGUUCACCUAAUAUUGGAACGACAAACGGAAGUUAAUGUUUACACACAUCAAAGUCCUCUUUUUGUUUGUGCUGUUGUGAUGCAGUCCUACUGUAUAUUGUAUUGGUUCAGAUGAUAUGAUGAGAGUCUUGUGCUGUGAAACCAUUGGAAAUGCUGAAAAAAAUACUUGACAUGUGUAUUUGUCUGAUGUAUGAAAUGAAACUAUUUAUGAAGACCAAGGAGGCUCUGGUAUCAGGGCCUGCAUGUGGUUUAGUGGGAAACUUGGGCCAAAUAGCUAGAUUUGUCUCAUGGAACAGUUGUAAACCUCUUCUAGAGAAUUCCUACAGUCUUGAAGAUGGCCCGUCACUAAAUUCUGAGUGUGAAAUAACCCAUUUUUGUGUAUUUGAAGCAAGUGUGUGUUUAUGAGAAUUUCUUUACAGUGUGUUGUUGCAAAGACAUGUUAUUUUCAGAGUGUCCUGACUAUCUGAUUCACAAAUUAAAGCCCAAAGUUGGUUGAAACAUUUGACUGAA